CCCUUGCAUCUCACCGCCAUGGAACGUCUCAAUUUUUUCGACAUCCCGCCCGACAUACUUGAAGCAACCCUUCUAUUACUCGCACUACCCUCUCUCCUCACGCUGAGGGCCACCAAUCGCUUUCUCAACGAGUUCAUCCAUUCGUCUAUCCGGCUGCGAUACCAUUAUCACCUUGAAUGCUUCGGUUUGGAGGAGCAGCACGGGGACAGGGCGAUUUCGAUUCAGGAGCGCAUGACGGCACUCAUCGAGCGCGAGCGGCGCUGGCUCAACCUUCUGCCUUGUCAGAGUGUCAAGUUGGAUGUUACGGGUCAAACGUCGCUGUACAUUACCGACCGGGUCAUGCUGGCCAUCUUCAACACAACGAAUUCAGACCCGCGGAAGACCUUCGCCAGUGCGGAGACCAUGCCAGGACCGGAGACUAAGAGUGUCGUUGCGCAGCCAAAGUGGAGGCCAUCUGGGAGUGCACGGAACUUGCGGGAAGUCCACGCAUGUGAGGCCAACGACUUGCUCGUCGUCCUGGAAUACGAUGCCGUUGCGCCAAACUCCGAAAUCUAUGCGGCGGACCUUCGCUUUCUGCAGCUUUCAACAGGCUUGCCUCAUCCUCACGCCUCGCAGCCUACCAUGCGACUAGUGGAGUACGACUUGAGUAACAUAGCCGACCACAGUCUUCCAGCAAUGCUCCAGAGUGCGGGCUCAAACUUGGCGAUAAUUCUAGACACUACGGACCACGAGACUGAAGAUCUAUUCCUAUUAUAUAUGGUAGAUUGGCGGCGCGGAGCUCACCUUACGGUGCCAUUUGCCUGCUCAACAUCUGCGCUCGCUUUUCUUAGCCCAGAUACAUUUGUUCUUGCGAACGCAGUGGAUCUUUCCCUCGACGUCUUCCGCAUUCCCCCCUGGGAAAUUGACCUCGUCGAACUCGAGAGGUUUGCUUCACUGUCCCUCCCUCCGAUGCCUCGGAAUACCCGAGAUCUGUCGACCCUUGGCAGUGUUUUUCGGUGCAGUUCGACCAUGUCAUGGGAUGACCCCCAGAAUUCCGCGCGUAGUGCAUCUUUCCCCCAGCCCCGUUUCCAUUUCAGCCCCAAGAAGCAGCAUACUGUUUUUUUGUUCAUAUACCUCAUCGCCUCCGCCCACCCCUCGCUUGCCGACACCAGAAUCAACUUCGUCGUCCGGAGCCAUGAUUUGCUCGCGCUGCUGGGCCUCCCUACCUCAAAUCAAUCAUCGCACCGAUCUUAUACGCCAGAGGACUGGGUUCCGCGAUGUGCCCGUUGGCUCGCUCCCGUCCCGUGGCCCGACGCCAACGACAAUUUGUUUCUGAUGUCGUCAAAUGCUAGCGUUGCCAAUUCGGGGGCCCGCAUCAUUGGAUUCCGCGAGCGCGAAGGCCGCGGCGCCAUAUCUCAUCCGCGUCAGGUCGUCGUCCUUGACACAAACCCAUGGACGGUCGAAAUAGUGCGGCGCGCAGCAGCAGCAGCAGCGGCCACCACCGACUAUGACAACGCAGACGGCGACAACGUCCCGAUCUGGAAGCAGCUCGGAAUCCUCCCAGGCGUCGCGGCCGACGGCACCCUCCGCACGGAGAGCGGUGCCGUCCUCCGCUUGAUGUCGUCACAGUCCGGGUCCUCUGCCGGGAGCUAUGCCUCUGCGGGGACUCUUCCACACGCGUGGGCGUCCAACCUGGCGUAUGUCGAAAUAACCUCGGCCACCACACACGACUACUUGAUCCUGCGCAUCAACAACGAGAGCAUCGUCGGUUAUAGCGGCGGCGACCCGGAUCAUUCUUCGGAACUCUUGUUUUUUGGGUGA